ACCAAACAUCGGUCACCUCUCAGGGGCCUCGGGGGCAUUAUUUUGAGUGGCUUUAUCCUCUCUCUUCUGCAGAGGUAAGCCCCGAACACAACCAGACCUGUCGGAUCAUCGAAGUAUGAUUAGCCGAGAAUGGAACACGUACUUCGUCCGAGCUACGCAGAAACAUACGACGAGGAGACAGUUCUUUGGCUGAAGAAGGAAUUCGCGAGGGUUGAUGGGGAAUUCUACUUGGACCAUGCUGGGGCGACUUUGUAUGCCGACAGCCAGAUUAGGAGGAUCGCGGAGGAUUUGGCGGGUUCGUUGUACGCGAAUCCACAUUCCGCUGCUGGAAAUUUGACUUCCGAAAUUGUGGAGCGAACGCGGUAUAGAAUUUUGGACUUCUUCAACGCAUCCUCCGAGGAAUACAGCCUGAUCUUCACCUCAGGUGCCACCGCCUCCCUGAAAACCGUCGCAGAAACCUUCAAUUUCGGCGAGUCAGGGCAUUUCGUGUACCUCGAUAACAACCACACAUCCGUCCUUGGAAUGCGCGACGUCGUAGUUAAUAACGGAGGACAACUCAAGUGCCUAGAAUUCCACGAGGCUUUCGCGACAUUCCAUAAUGACAGAGGCAUUUCAGACGUCACGAAGAGCAGAAGCAAUGCACUGUUCGUUUACCCCGCCCAAUGCAAUUUUUCUGGCCUCAAAUAUCCUCUCAAGUGGAUCCAGGACACUCACGAUGGGGCACUUAAUUCUGUUACUGAAGGACUAUCGAAGUGGUAUGUUCUGCUCGAUGCAGCCGGCUUCGUCGGAACUAGUGUUCUGGAUCUAUCGGUCCACAAACCAGAUUUCGUUGUUAUGUCCUUCUACAAGAUGUUUGGGUUACCAACUGGGAUUGGUGCGCUUAUUGUGAAAAAUUCGAGCGAGAAUGUUAUGGAGAAAGUCUAUUAUGGAGGUGGAACUGUUAAUGUGGCGCUCAGUAACGAGAAUUUUCAUGUUAAACGGGAAAAUCUGCAUGAGAGGUAUGAAGACGGAACAUUGUCAUUCCUCUCGAUAAUCUCCCUCCAACACGGCCUGGAUGUCUUCAAAAAAAUUCCCCUCCGCCAGAUAUCGAAUCACGUGUUCCAGCUCGCCAAGUACCUGCACCACUCCCUCUUGACACUGCAUCACCGCAAUGGAAAGCCCCUCGCAAAGAUCUACGCAGACACAGAUUACGAGGACAUCUCGACGCAAGGUGGAACAGUGGCCUUCAAUAUCUUGAGAAUGAGUGGUGGGUACGUGGGGUACAUGGAGGUCCUCCACAUGGCGGCCCUCUUCAAGAUCCACCUGCGCACUGGGUGCUUCUGCAACCCAGGGGGCUGUCAACGACAUCUAAAUCUGUCCACCCAGGAUGUCCUCGGGAACUACGACGCUGGGUACAAGUGCGGGGGGAGCAAGGAUCUGAUCGAUGGGAGACCCACUGGGGCUGUCAGAGUCUCAUUCGGAUACAGCUCCAGCUUCAAAGACGUCGAAAUGCUGCUGUUGAUGAUUCGAAAAUGCUUUUCGGAUGGUCCUCCAGUCGUUAAGCUGCCCCAGUGGUGGGUUUCCAGUUGGAAUGAACGAAAUUUCAGGACAAAGGGAUCAACUAAAGUUGAGGGAUCGAAAGUUAUGAGGAAAAAUGCUCCUGUCAGGGCGAAUGAUACCGAAAGGAUGACGAAUUCAAUGAGAGAUUCAUCAGCAAGGAAUGAUGGUGAUGGGAAGAAUAACACGGACGGAAUUAAUUCCUCUCGGAAAUUAGUCCUCUCCAGGCUCUACAUCUACCCCAUAAAGUCCUGCGGAGCUUUUGAAAUUUCGGACUCCUGGGAUUUAACAGAAAAAGGAUUGGCCUACGAUCGGGAAUGGAUGAUAAUCAACUCUUCAGGGAUUUGCGUGACGCAGAAGCAGGAAGUGAGGCUCUGCCUGAUAAAACCGACUUUGUGUCCUCGAAGGAAUGUCUUGAGGCUGGACUAUCCAGGGAUGCUGGGGGUGGAGGUGCCCCUGGAGUACUCUGAGGAGGAGGUGACGACUGGGGAGAUGUGCAGGAGUAGAGUGUGUGGGCACAGGGUGCAGGGGGUUGACUGUGGGGGCGAAGUUUCAGAGUGGCUGAGUCUUGCUUUUGGAAAGGAGCUCAGGCUCAUUCGACAGGGAAGGUCUGGGGCGAGGGCCGGGGGGAGGGGAGAGCUGUCGUUCUCCAGUCAGGCGCAGUUCCUGCUGGUGAAUGGGGCUAGUGUUCAGUGGCUCGUGGAGAGGAUUCCUGAGGGAUCGGAUUGUGAUAAGGAGGGGGUUCUGGAGAGGUUCAGGGGGAAUAUGGUCAUUGUCGGCGGCCAGGCGUUUGAAGAGGAAACGUGGACGCAGGUCAGAAUUGGGGAGGAAGUCUUCGAGGUGAUGGGACCCUGCACCAGAUGUCAAAUGGUAUGUAUUGAUCAACAAACUGGUUUAAAAACAAUCGAGCCUCUUCGACUGCUAGCCGAAGAGUUUCAUGGGAAAAUGAAAUUUGGGAUUUACCUCACGAGGAAGAAUUCCACCUCUGGGAAGAUAAAAAUUGGGAAUCACUUAACAUGCAUGUGAUUGUUGUUACAUUUUCCACUGUUGCUUGAGAAUCUCUAUUAUAUAUUUUAGCUGUAUAUUUUACAAAUUUGUUAAAUCAAGUUGUUUCAAUAAAUCUAGGUAAUCUGUU